AUGCUGGAAUCUCAGUCCACAUUGUCUAACGGCGAUCAAGGCGGAAAAAUGUCUGGCCAAAAUGCGGCCCCGCCAACAGGACAGAUCCUGACAGGCAAGCAGGAGCACUAUCUCAAGCGCGAACUCAUUGCCCGCCAGGUUCACGGAGAAAUCUCCGAGCUUAAUUCCCCCACAGCACUCCAGCGUUUCGGUGCUCCUUUUCGAUCAGAGUUCGGCGAAGUCGCCCCCGUUGACUCCGAGCUCCCUAUCCUUCGCUAUAUCUUCGUGCACCAUGUUCGCAAUUUCCCCUUUCUCAACCAGGCGGAGGAAAAGCAAUUCUGGCAAGAUAAGCUGCAAGUAUUCCUCGAAUCCUUUGCCAACAAGCAUGUCUCGUCUUCAGAAGAUCGGUUGGAGGAAACAAAGCGUCGGAAGUUGGCUCGCAAGUGCGAGAAGCUCGUGGAGCUGAUGAUGGUUUCUGGUGUGCCGACGGCGUCGGGAUACGAAGAGCGCAUCCAGUUCUCGGAGAUGGAGGUUGUGGAGCGCGGAGCCAAUGAAAAGGGUCUGCUUGUUAAUAUGCCCGAGGGCAAUGCGAUUAACAAUUGGGACGUGAACGUGGCUGCAGUUCGGGUUACUUCUGUCAAGCGGACCGUCCGAUACCACCCCCACGCUGAAUUCCUUAUUCGAGUCCGUCGAGACGACCAGGAAGAGUUCCACGUCGGUAGAAGAUAUGGUGAAUUCGUCAAUCUCCACAAGAGACUACGCACUGAGUUCCCAGGCAAGCAUCUGCCGCCUCUUCCUCGCAAGAACAAGACAUCAACAUCAUCUAGUUGGUUUGGCUCGGCUGACGACGAUGCUUCUUCCGUAUCCUCCUUCUCCUCCACCCAAGAUGCUAGCCUCCCUGAUGACUCAGGAGUCUCGGGUCGCACUUUGGCACCCGGAGCAAAUCAUACACGCUCAACUUCUCGGGGAUCUUUCCGAUCUACGAAGUCUCCUCGCGCAUCCAGUGAUGUCUCAAGGGAUACUGUUCUCUAUCGCGAGGAGCAGCGGGUGUCUUUGCGCGCAUUCCUCCGCACCCUUCUACAGAAUAAGCGCAUUGCGGAAUCCAAAUCCAUGGAGGAAUUUCUGACCGCGCGACCCAUUAAACUUAAUGAAGAAGAACUAAUCGAUGUUCAAAAGCGCAAGAGCAUGGACGCCAUUAGAAUUGAAGAGCAAAAGCGAUUCUAUGAGAUCGCAAGGCAGCGAGCAGCAGAGUUGGACGUUUACAUGGAGAAGUUCCGGAGGGAUAUUGUGGAGAGCAAUGGCUUGACGAAGCUUUUCGCCGAGAUUCGAGAGAAACCCUCCAUUGCCGACCUAAGCCCGCAGUAUCAGAAAUUCGCGGAGUGGCUUCGCAUCGAGGUUGCCGCAACUGUGUAUCACUUGUUCCUUGCAGAAGACAAUUCGCCUGAAUUGUUUGCGCAGGCGAAAAGAAUCCAUGGCCUCGUCCCAUACACAUUGUUGAAGAAUGUGAUUCGCAUUGCCAACCCUGCUGCCGUCAUGUCGGGUGUUCUCGAUCUUUUCUUGGCUCAACCAUUUGGCUCACGGUCGCUGCUUCAGCGCAUUUUCUCUUUAACUCUCAAUGACAGCAUCAAGGCAUUCCAGAAGGGCAUUGCCUCCCUGAGUGCCAAGAUUGAGGACCCUGUGCUUGCUCAAAAGCUCAAAAGCUUUGUAGAUGCCGAAGAGGAUAUCAAGAAUGUCAUACGUGAAGAAGCUGAAGCCGAGGAAGUUGAUCUCAUCGUGGCCAUUCUUCGUUCAGAGAUACUGUCGCCAGAGCUCACCCCAGAGCAGAUUGAGAAGGUGUUCAAUGGCUGGGUUGCUUGGAACUAUGCCGUUGACAAUGUCGACCUGGAAAUGCAGCAAGGUGCUCAAUGGUUUGCAAACAUGAAGCAAUUACUCAAAUUAUAUACCCGCCAGCGUGAUAAGGCCAUGAUGCUCAGCAUCGUCGAAGAGCCUACCACUCUUCAACUCUUCCGCGACUUGUUCACCAUCUUCUAUGAACCACUUGUGCGAGUAUACAAGUCUGCGAAUGUAUACAGCAGUAUUACCGAUUUUGCUCAAUUCGCGGACGACGCGAUUGCUGUGAUCGAGAGUGCCCAGCGCCAAGAUGCUUCUGCCGAUCCCAACCAGACAGUCCAGUCCUUUAUUGACCUUUGUGCUCGCCACCAAGAUAAUUUCUACAAGUUUGUUCACGAGGUGCACCAGCACGAUAAUGGACUUUUCCAGUCUCUCAUGUCCUGGAUCGAGGAGAUCCUUGAUUUCCUGCGCAAGGGACCGACAGGUGGUAAGCUGGACAUGAACGCCAUGUUCCAGGGAGCUGCUGGCGUCGGCCAGGUCGACAAAGACAUUGCUCUCGAUGAGAUCAAUGCCUUGAUCAAAUGGCACGAAGAUAGGAAGCGCUGGCAUCUAAACAAGACUCGCCAGAAGAUGGCUGCUGAAGGCACGACUGAUACUGUUCCGGGCUCUACGACCUUCAAGGGUAGUGACUUCGGCCUUGAUGAGGGUGACCUCGAAGAUCUGACUAUCUCUGAUGAGGCUUCUGACUCCGAAGAUGAAGGGACUGAAGACGAUGAAGAGGAUGACCCCAUUGCUUCCGAACGCCGUCGGCGGAUCAAGAAGCAAGACCAGCUCCGUCGUACUGCGGGAGAGCCGGUGAAGCCCGAAAUCACUGAAAUUCUCAAGCUUACUGAUCCUUUCGUGGUUAUGCUACGCCAUGUUCUGGCUGAUUAG